GUAGACACGCCCAUCUGCGCAUGCGCGUCGAGGUGGUUUUGGCGCGAACCGGGGCAAGGGUCCCACCCGCGUCAGCUGGGCCCAUGGACAUCCGCAAGUUUUUCGCACCGCAAGCUGCGAAGCUCGCUGCUAGUGGCAACAGCAGCAGCAGCAGCAGCAGUGGCGGUGGCAGCCGAGCGGCGGCAAAAGUGAAAGGCAAAGCUCCGCCGGUGGCAAAGGCAACAAAGGCGACCACGAAGGCGACCACGAAGGCAGACACGAAGGCGGUCACGAAGGCGGUCACGAAGAUGGCCACGAAAGCAGCCAGUGGGAAGAGGCACAAGGAGGAGACGCUGAAGAGCCGCGUCCGUGGAAAGAAAGCCGACAAAAGUGAUGACGACGACAGCGACGAUGAUGAUGAUGAAGACGACAUAAAGGGUGGCACAAAAAAGCAGAAGGCCAGAAAAAAGCGUGGAAUCAUUUCAGACUCUGAUUCGGAUUUGGAGGAGAUUCCCCCGCCGAAGAAAAGCCACAGUUCUGCCUCAUCCACCACCAAGACCUCAGCUGCCACCAAGACUUCCAAGACUUCCAAGACGAGCAAAGUGGUGACCAUCUCCGAUUCUGAUGAAGACAGUUCCUCUCCUGACAUGAAGAAGGGCAAAACGAAACCGGCAUCCGGCAAAGUCCCAAACGGGCACGCGCGGCUACCCAAAUCGAGCCCCAAGAAUAAGCCGAGCGAGCCGAGGGCUCUUCCGCGGUCUCCCCGCCGCGGUGACAAACCCCAGCCGGCGCCUGCUGCUGCCACGGCAUCGCGCCGGCACGUGGAGGAGAAGAAGCCGUCGCCGGUGAAGCUGGUGCCCACGUCCGUAUCGGAAUACUUCGGCACGACCUCCGUGCAGCGCUCCAACCGCACGCUUGUGGCUAAGCGCAAAGCAGGAUCAGACAGCACUGAUGAAUCGUUUAGCCCCAGUGAGCCGACAUCUGCACAAGAGGAUGUUUCCAAGCAGCUGGAGAAGCAGCUGCACGAGGAUGAGGAAUUUGCGCGCACGCUCGCCAUGUUGGAUGAGGAGGAGGUCGCUCCGCAGCACAAGAAGGCUCGUGUGGAGUCAUUUGCUCGCAGCAGCAAGACGCCAGAAAAACAACCUGCACUGAGGAAGAGGUCACCCGUGAAGCCAACCAAAGCGGCGGCUCCACCACCGUUGGUGAAGUUCGAGCCAAAAGUUGCACCCAAAAGGUCACCCUUCAAAGCGGUACCUCUGUCCACGGUGAAGUUAUCUCCGGUUAAGAGGGAAAUCGACCGUUCUCCGAGUUCGAAGGGUGCCGCCAUGGGCUCUCCUGCCAGGACGGGCAGCACGGAGACCUCGCCCAAGUCUGAGAAAGGCCUGGAAGACUCUGAGAAGAAACGACAGAAUGUGGCUGCAUACAGACACUACCUCAGCCGGGAUGGUCCGCGCGCACUCGGGUCAAAGGAGAUCCCACAGGGAGGGGAGAACUGCCUGGAGGGGCUGACGUUCGUGAUCACGGGCGUGCUGGAGUCGCUGGAGCGGGAAGAGGCUCGCUCGCUCGUCGAGCGCUACGGGGGCAAAGUGACGGGGAACGUGAGCAAGCGCACCGACUACCUGGUGGUCGGCCGCGACCCCGGCAAUUCCAAGCUGGACAAGGCCGAGAGCUGCCGAGUGAAGCAGUUGGACGAGGAUGGGCUGCUUGAGUUGAUCCGCACACGUCCCGGAAAGAAGAGCAAGUACACCAUCGCCGCCGAGACGGAGGCUUCCAAGGCUAAAUUCGCCGCCAAGAAGUUUCCUAGCCAGCCGACAAAGUUAUCUCCGGACAAACUGACCAAAACCUCACCGGAGAAACCGACCAAGACCUCACCGGACAAGCCAACUAGCACGUCUCCAGACAAGCCCACGAAGGAGGCCGGCGGCACCGACCAGACCUCGACCGUGACCCGGAAGCAGCUCUUCUCUGCUGCCGAGCAGCAGCGGAGAACAGAGCGGACGGAGACUGGCUGGGCUGGGAGGGUGACGGGCAGAGGACCCUCGGCUGAGACCAGGAGCCCCAAGAAGGGCAGUGGCCCCGAAGUGGGAGGGGACAGCCUGCUGUGGGUAGACCGCUACAGGCCACAGUCCCUGAAGAACAUCAUCGGGCAACAGGGUGACCAGAGCCCGGCCAACAAACUACUGCGCUGGCUGCGCGCCUGGCACAGCAACCACGGAGGCGCAAGUGGCGGUGGAAGGAAGGCCGCCCCUAGCGUAGGAAGGUUCAGGUUCGGCGGGAAGGAUGAUGGCUCUGGUUUCAAGGCUGCGCUGCUGUCAGGACCUCCCGGCGUAGGCAAAACCACAACGGCCGCCCUCGUGUGCCAGGAGCUGGGCUUGAGUUUCGUGGAGCUAAAUGCGAGUGACCGUCGCAGCAAGAACAGCAUGAAGAAUGAGGUCUCGACCUGCUUGCGCAACACCAGCAUUGAAGGCUUCUACCACGGCACGGCACAGACAGUGAGCGACCGCCACGUGCUAUUGAUGGACGAGGUGGACGGCAUGGCUGGGAACGAGGAUCGGGGGGGCAUGCAGGAGCUCAUUGCGCUCAUCAAGCAGAGCAAAGUGCCCGUCAUCUGCAUGUGCAACGAUCGGAACCACGCAAAGAUCCGCUCGCUCGCAAACUACUGCUUCGACCUCCGCUUCCCACGACCACGCGUCGAGCAGAUCAAGGGAGCCAUGAUGUCCGUGGCAUUCAAGGAAGGCCUCAAGAUCCCUCCGGCCGCCAUGCAGGAGAUCAUCCUGGCAGCAAAUCAGGACAUCCGGCAGGUGCUGCACAACCUGUGCGUGUGGUCAGCACGAGAGAAGGCCCUCACAUACGACCAGGCCAAGUCUGACGCCAAAAGUGCCAAGAAGGACCUUAAAAUGGGCCCCUUUGACGUGGCGCGCAAGGUGUUCAUUGCUGACGAGGAGACGCAGCACAUGUCGCUCAUGGACAAGUCCGACCUCUUCUUCCACGACUACUCCAUCGCGCCGCUCUUUGUGCAAGAGAACUACGUGCAUGUCCGGCCGCUGGCCGCAGGGGGCAACAUGAAGAAGCACCUCACCCUGCUGAGCAAGACUGCCGACAGCAUUGCUCAGGGGGACCUCGUCGACAGGCAGAUUCGCUCCAAUCAGUCGUGGGGCCUCCUGCCCACACAGGCCAUUUUUGCGAGCGUCAUCCCGGGAGAGCUCAUGAGGGGCUACAUGUCGCAGUUCCCCAGUUUCCCGAGCUGGCUCGGUCGUCACUCCACAACGGGCAAGAACGCGCGGAUCUUGCAGGAGCUGACCAUGCACAUGAGCCUCCGGACGCAUUCGUGCCAACGCGCCGUGAACCUUGAAUACCUGGGUGCCCUGCGCAACGAGCUGGCGCGGCCGCUGCAGACGCGGGGCUCGGAGGGCGUCGCGCAGACACUGAGCCUCAUGGAUGACUACUGUCUGACCAAGGAGGACGUGGACAGCCUCAUGGAAGUGUCAUCUUACCACGGCAGCACCGACCCUCUCGCCAAACUUGACCCUAAGGUCAAGGCGGCGUUUACUCGGGCCUACAACAAAGAAUCGCACCUCACGCCGUACUCGCUGGCCGUGGGCCCCAAGAAGGGGCGGCGAGGCCCUGGAGGGGGUGGAUCGAACGAGGAGGGAGAAGGAUUCGACGGAGCAGAGGGCGAUGGAGCUGCAGCUGUGCCGGAUUCGGCCAGCGAGCACGAGGAUGACAUGGACAUUUCCGCCGACGCCAUGAUUAAGCAAAAGAAGAAGCCAGCGAAAAAAGCAUCCAAGGAAACAAGCUCCCCCAGCAAGGCCGGGGCAAGCAGCAAGGCCGGGGCGAGUAGCAGGGCGAGUAGCAGGGCUGGGGCGAGUAGCAGGGCCGGGAAGGGUAAAAAGACAAAGUAGCGCUCGCAGAGUCACUUCCGAUUGUAAAUAACGAUGAACCGCAGGGCCCGGAGUUGGCUGAUGAUGAGUGCACCACAGCGGCUUUGAGUGGUCCCAAAUGCCCACACAAUGAUGCAGUUGAAUCAACUCUAAAGAAGUGGUGUUUAAUUUUUUCGGAGGUCCACUGGGAUAUGUGUGUGUUGAAGGAGCGGUGCUCACUAGAAUGCCUCUGGAUUUUCUUUACAGGAAUGUUUGGGAUUUAAAAGUCACACAGCAUUUUCUCAAGAUCCUCCCGACCCUCUAGUGGGUUCCCAAACACUUGAGCUGUAAAUGUUUUUGAUAUACAACCCCCCGUAGGUUUUUUGCAGUUGUCCUGUACAGCUCGCUGAUACCUAUGUGCUCAACACGAUGUUGGACGUUUCGCACCACAUGGAGCAAAAUGAAGCUCCCAGCAUGUGAGGUGAAACUUCAGACAUCGUGCCAAAUAACAUGCAGUGUAACCCAGAAACACAUGAGAGCCGUGACUUUUACGAUCAACGUUAUGAAGCCAAAUCACUUGACAUUGACAAACCAUACAUCUUACCCAUUUACACUGGUUGGGUAAAUCGCUAAGGUUUCGCACGACUGUAUUUCAGUUUUCUGAAAAGGAACAAGUAAAAGUCAACUCCUGUUGGUGUUGAGUUUGUCCCAGUUUCAUCCUUGCACUUGGGCCUGUUUUCUUUGACUUGUAACUGUGGAGUUCGUAGUGUUUGUAUAUAGGACUGAGGUUGCUGCUUUGUCUUACGAUGCAGGUGGGUUCAUGGGUUUUCCACAGUGCAUCAUGAUCCAUACAUUAAAACCAUGUCCUAGGCUGCAAAUUUGUAAAUAAGUAUGUGUUCUGCAUAUAAGCUCAUACUAUACAAAGGUAUGCUCUUCCUAGGUGAAAGCUGUAACAAGGUUUUUUAGGUAAAAAUAAAUUUUCUUAUUAGAAAACCUGUAUUGUAGCUGACCGAUAGAAAGUGUUAUUUUUGUAAAACAAUGUUUUUGAUAGAAUCAACCUCCAGUAAACCCAUUAACAUUUUAAGAAAACCAACUUUUGUUCAAACAACACAUUUUCCUAAGGAUCACCACAGCACGUUGUUCGAUUGUUUCUAAAGCUCCAGUCCAUUUUUAUGAGUGGGAAUGUCAAAAUAUCAAGACUCUUUUGCAUACAAAAAUUCGCAUUUGUCACUUGUGUGUCUCGCUUGGCAUCUUGCCUGCAGUGAACAAAAAAAUUGGAGCUCAACAUGCAUGUCAAGAUGAGCAAUAAACACUUGAGCAAUGCAUCAU